ACGUGUCUCUACAACAGCCCCAAAAUCACUCCCCCCCAGACAAACGUGUACGAAAAAGCCAUCACCAUUUCGUCGAUUGCGAUUAAACGCAGGCCAACGCUGCCGCAAACGCCAGCGAGUGCCCCACAGGUGUUGUCACCCAAACGACAGUGUGCCGCAGCCGUUUCGGUAAUACCAGCCAAUAACGCCGUCGGUAAUCAAGUCGUUGCUGCUGCCGCCGCCGCCGCCGCCCAAUUAGCACCCCAACUGCAAUACGCCACUGCACCAGCCACCGCUGCCGUUGCCCUGAAAGCCAAUCACCAUCACCAGUUGGCCUACAAUUCGGCUGCCGCUGCACAAUUGGCUGCCACAGCUGCCAUCAACGCUCACACCCACUCACAUCACACCGCCCAACAGCAAGUGGCUGCUGCAGCAGCUGCGGCCGCUGCCCAUCAACGUAAUUUGAACGCUGCCGUUGCUGCCCACCAGCACAUCCAGAAUUCAGCUGCUGCCGCUGCCCUAUUGAAUCAUCAUCAGCAAUUUGGUCAGGGGGCUGCCACACACUCGUUGUCCACACAACAGCAGCAACAACAACAGGCCGCUGCAGCUGCCGCGGCUGCAGCUGCUGCUGCGCAUCAGCAACAUUUGGUAUUGCAACAUCAUCAGCAGAGUAUUUACCAACAGCAACAACAACAACAUCAACAGCAGCAACAACAAUUGAGACACUACAACAAUCAUCAUCAGCAACAACAACACAAUCAUCACUCGAACACCAACAACAACAGCAGCAAUAAUCAUCAUCAACAGCAACAACAACAACUAAUUGCGGUGACAACACCUAACCACAACAACACAAACCAACAACACCAAACAGUUACCAGCUCCACCAACACCUCCUCCUCCUCAGCCUGUACAUCACCCAACAGCAACAACAACAACAACUUAGUCUAUACCUCGGCAGCCAACACAGCCUUAACUGUCAAUACUUCAUUACAUUCCAACGACUCCAAUACAUCGGCAUCUUCAUCGAGCACCACCACACCCACACCCGCAGCCGUCUCCACGGCCGCUGCCACUUCAUUGGCGUGUGAGAACACCACAAGCUCGACGACAACUGUGAACGCAAAUAACACCGGCAGCAACACUACCAACAGCAACAACACAUCGUCAAGUACUACGUCAACAACAACAACAAUGGAAAAUCAAAUGGCACUGGCACCAUUGGGAUUAUCACAAAGCAUGGAUUCCGUUAAUACUGCAAGCAAUGAAGAAGAGGUUCGAACCCUUUUCGUCAGUGGUCUGCCCAUGGAUGCAAAACCACGUGAACUGUAUUUGUUAUUCAGAGCUUAUGAGGGCUAUGAAGGAUCUCUAUUAAAAGUUACCAGCAAAAAUGGCAAGACAGCAUCGCCUGUUGGUUUUGUUACAUUCCAUACACGUGCGGGCGCUGAGGCCGCCAAACAAGAUUUACAGCAGGGUGUACGCUUCGAUCCCGAUAUGCCCCAAACAAUACGCUUGGAAUUCGCCAAGAGUAACACGAAAGUGAGCAAACCCAAACCACAGCCCAAUACAGCGACAACAGCCUCACAUCCUGCAUUGAUGCACCCACUCACUGGACAUUUGGGCGGUCCCUUCUUUCCGGGCGGACCCGAGCUAUGGCAUCAUCCGUUAGCCUAUUCGGCGGCAGCCGCUGAAUUGCCCGGCGCUGCGGCAUUGCAGCAUGCCACACUCGUGCAUCCGGCACUGCAUCCUCAAGUGCCAGUACGCUCUUAUCUUUGACUAAAUACAGAUAAAGUUAUGGAACAGCCAAUGCAUCAAACUCAAAUGACCAUGCCGCAACAUCAUCAAACAACCCAAGCUAUACACCCAUCUAUGCAUAUGUCGGCUGCUGCCGCCGCCGCAGCUGCCGCUGCCGGUUUGGCACCAGGUGCCGGGGCAUCUGGUCCAACGGGUGGCGCCCCACCCACGGGUGGUCCACACGCACAUCAUCCUUUUUUAUCAAGUCCCGCUCUAGCGAGCCCAGUUGGUUCUACAAAUAAUGCAACGCAUCCAAAUAAUCCACCCUUGGCUGCCAAUGCACCAUGUUCGACAUUGUUUGUAGCCAAUUUGGGCCAGUUUGUGUCCGAGCACGAGCUGAAAGAAGUUUUCUCUAGUAUGCCUGGCUUUUGUCGCCUACGAAUGCACACAAAAGGUACGCACAAUAUCACCACUUCUACUACCACUUCCAACACCAUCACCACUUCUUCUACUACUUCUACUUCUAUCACCACCAAUACCAAUUAUAAUAAUACCACAGCAGCCAAUGGCAGUGGCAAUAACAGCAACAGCAACAACAACAACAACAAUGGCAACAAUGAUAAAAAUUGCAACACCACGCCAACAUCAUUGGCAGCAACAAGUUGCAGCACAAAUUCGCUAGCCGCCGGAGCACAACAACAGCAACAGCAGUAUUUUCAAAAUGGUGGAAGUAUAACAACCCUACCAUCACCAUCCUCAUCUUCUUUGUCCUCGGCCUCCCUGGUCUCAUCAUUAUCGUCCACAUCCAAUGCAAAUCAUCCGGUGGCCUUUAUUGAAUUCAAAGAUGCCGCCAGUGCUGCCACAGCCAUGCAACAGUUGCAGGGUAAAUAUUUGCUCUCAUCGGAUCGUGGUUCCAUUCGCAUUGAAUUUGCCAAAAGCAAAAUGAUUAAUGAUGGCAACGGCGGUGGCGGUGGCGGCGGCUGUUCCUCCAAUGGCCAUCACCAUCAUCAUGGUGUAAAUGCCAACACAAGUCAGUCGAACAAAAUGUUAAACAAUAUGGCCAACAUAAAUGCUGGACACCCACAACCACAGCAACCACCCCCAACCAUGACUCUAAUAAAUCCCCCAGGCUCGGCCAUGUUGACCCCCUCUCCCGGCAAUGGGCCCCAGUUGGUGAUAUUGAAUGGUUAUGGCAAUCCGGCUGGUUUUGCCACAGCAGCUGCUGCUGGACCAGCAACACAUCAGAUUAUGUUGCCGCCACCACCGCCACCUGUUACAGCGGCCACGGGUCCAGCAAUGGCAACACCUCAAUUUAUGAACUGUGCCAGUCAUCAUCAUCAGCAGCAGCAGGCAGCGCAACAGUAUCAGGCCAUAACAAUGCAGUUUAAUAACCACCAUCAUCACAGCGCUCAGAAUAACAACAACAACUGCAUCGGCAACAACAACAACAAUAAUAAUAGUAUUGCAACUAAUACCAUUGUUAAUAGUAAUCGUUCAAGUGCACCACAAGCACCACCACCACCAAUACCACAACUACUACCACCACCAAUACCACAACCACCACCAACACCAUUGCAACCACAGCCAACAACUGUCGUUGUCAAUUCACUUCAGCACCAACUUCAUCCAAUACAGCACCAAAAUCAUCUCUUUAGAGACCAAAUACGUUAA